GUUCGGUCUUCUCUUUACAGCACCGCGCAGCAGCUGCGUCGAUUUGAGCUGCCUUUGGGGCGCCGGGCAACGUGCAGCGGAUAAUUGAAUCAUAAACGGACGGGCGGACAGACGCAUCUCGCAGCGAAUUGCGGGCAAUGUUAACAAAGCCAAGCGAAUAAUUGUUGCAGAGAGCGCCAGGACGACGACCAAGACGCAGACGAGGGCCAAGACGAAGACGAAGGCGAGGAGUAAGCGCAGCGGGCGGCUAAAAGGCGGGAGGCUAAGAAAUGACAGCCGCGCUGCUUUAAUUAAAGUUGCGCGCGGAUGAGGCGCGUGGAGCGGCCAGAGCAGCAAGAGCGAAAGAGAGAGAGAGAGAGAGAGAGACAGAGUGGGUAGACGAGCGAGCGAGAGAGCAGGGAAACGCAAUGUGGCUGAUGCCGCCGCGCACUGUGCACAACAGAACAAAGUGGACGAAAUUGCUUUUGGAAUUGAAUGAGCGUUUACCGGACGCGGGCAUAUAGACAGCGCGAGCAGACAUUCAUUUUGAUUACAUUUUACCUUUUACACUGCGCUACACGAACUGACACACGCAACUGAGAAAUUAGCCGUGAACAAGAAAACGGGAAAACACGAUAAAAAGCAAAGCAAAGCCAAGCCAGCCAAGUGGAAGCCAAGGACCAACUACCAAAUAGCAGGCAAAGUUUUUCGGCCAAAACUCUGCUGUUGAAUUUAACGCAUGAAAUAAUCGCCAACGGGGCGCACUUGCAACUAUUGGGCGUGGCAACAGAGCCAACUGGGAAAUUUGCAUGCCUCAGGCCCUGGAAGAAGUGGAAGAAGUUGCCGCCAUUGCCGCCCAUCGACAGCUACACAUGAGCACGCCGCUGUGACACGACGAGCAAAAGCAGGCGAGGAGGCAUCGCUCACAAUUUCGAUUCGUCAACUACGGCAACGAGAGCAGCAGCAUCGAAAGUGUCAGCGUUUGUCCAUUAAGGCAACUGGGCAGGCUCACAACGAAUUGGCUUCAUCACCACCACCACCAACCCGCACGAAUCCCGGACAACGUUGGCCCACAUUAGCAGCACCAGCAGCUGCAUAAGGAGAAGCAGCAGCAGCAGCAGCAACGGCUAUAGCAAUCUCCUCUUGUUACUGCAACUCCAAAGCUAACCCAUUGGAGCCACCCACAAGCAGCCGAAAUCAUUCCCCACUCCUAAUCCGCACUCGUGACCAGCAGCGAUCCAAUGAAUCUGCUCUGCUGUUGCUGUUGCAGUAACAUGGCACCAAACCAGCGCGUCACACGCAAAUGGGAACUGUUUGCCGGACGCAAUAAAUUCUACUGCGAUGGAUUGCUAAUGUCCGCACCGCACACGGGUGUCUUUUACUUGACGUGCAUCCUGAUUACUGGCACCAGUGCCCUCUUCUUUGCCUUCGACUGCCCCUUUCUGGCGACAACCAUCAAUCCAGUUAUACCCAUUGUGGGCGCCGUUUUAUAUUUCUUCACGAUGAGCUCACUGCUGCGCACAACCUUCACAGAUCCCGGCGUCAUACCGCGUGCCUCCAAUGAUGAGGCCGCCUAUAUUGAAAAGCAAAUUGAAGUGCCAAACUCGCUGAACAGCCCCACAUACCGGCCGCCGCCCCGCACCAAGGAGGUGCUCGUCAAGGGCCAGACGGUCAAACUGAAAUACUGCUUCACCUGCAAGAUCUUCAGGCCGCCGCGCGCCUCGCACUGCAGCCUGUGCGACAACUGCGUGGAUCGCUUCGAUCACCACUGUCCCUGGGUGGGCAACUGCGUGGGCAAGCGAAAUUAUCGGUUCUUUUAUUUGUUUCUAGUCUCACUGGCAUUUUUAGCCGUAUUUAUAUUCUCGUGCUCUGUGACGCAUUUAGUUUUAUUGAUGAAAACGGAACAGGAGGUCUUCAAAGUAAUAAAGAAGGCGCCCUUCACUGUGAUUGUUGUGUUCAUUUGUUUCUUCUCCAUCUGGUCGGUGAUUGGACUGGCUGGCUUUCACACAUAUCUGACCACCAGCGAUCAGACAACGAACGAGGAUCUCAAAGGCUCGUUCUCGUCGAAGGGCGGGCCGCGCACCCAGAAUCCCUAUUCACGCGGCAAUAUUUGCCUGAACUGCUGCCACAUUCUGUGCGGUCCCAUGACACCCUCGCUGAUUGACAGGCGCGGCAUAGCUACGGAUGAGUACAUACAGCAGAUGCAUCAUUCCAGUCCGCGGCAUGCCCUGAGCGAUGUGAUCAGCGCCUCACAAAUGGUAACCACAGCGCAGCCCAUGCUGGGCAGCAUGAGUGGCAUCGGUGGUGCUGGUGGUGGUGUAAGCAUUGGUGGUGCCGGCGCUGAGCUGAAGCCGCGCUUCUAUGACGAGUCAAAUCCCUCUUCCUCGACGUUGGAGAGCAACGGGGUGGCCGCCGCUUCUGGCGGCGCUGUCAACGGCCAUGGACAUGGCCUUGGGAAUGGCUUCGAUCGUCCGCCCAGCUACGAUAUGCUCCAAAACGGUAAGUCCAAGUCGCGUCGGCAGCAGAGUCAACGCUGCUCGCUGCAAACACUGCUGCCAGCUAGCGCACAGCAUCAGUUCAAAGCCAACAAACACAAACAACUCAAACACCAGUCACACCAACAACAACAAACACAAACACAACCGCAUCAGAAGCAACAGCUGCUGGCUGCAGAACUGCAGCUGCAUCUGCAGCAGGAGGCCCUCGCCAGUGGGCUGGCCACGCCGCCCUCGCUGCAGCGCUCGCCGGCGACUUCCUCCUAUCGGCUGAACCUGAAGCGCUCGCUGCACCUGCCGCUGACCCCAUCAUACGAUGCACGCAACUCGCCGCUGCCGCUGCUCCACCAUCACGUGCACGCCCAGCAGACAACCGCCAUUGGCAGCGUGUCGGCGGCGGCAGCGAGCGGGGGCGGCGGCUCCUCGUCGUCGGCGACGACAGCGCCCACCUCGGCAUCGAUGGCAACGGCGCCGGCGCUGGCGCCACGACGACCCUCGACGCUGAAGCUGCAGGGCAGCGCUGCGAUCUCGGCCAGCAACAGCACGGUGACCACAAUACACACAGCGGCGCCACAGCCGCCGGCGCCCAGCGACUUCAAGUACUAUUCCCCGCAGCGCGUCAGCAACUAUCCGUUUCCGAAGGCGGCGCGCAGCAUGCGCCGGCAAUCGACGCAGUCGGUGGACUCGCAAAAGGUGAACAUUGCCGGCUAUCAUCCGCUGCCGAUGCGUCCGCGCUACAAGCAUCAGGAGGUGAUGUUCGAGCUGAAGUCACCGACCAAUCGGCUGACCAUUCGAGAGUGCGACUUUGGCGGUGGCGGCGAACCCUGCGACGACGAUCAGUCGAUCAAGGAUAGCCAGAUCUUUCGUGUUAGUAAACGAAAUCUUUAUAUGAAUCACCGAUCGCCAUGGAAGGAGCGCGAUCGUUACUCGAACCUGUACGAGUAUUCGUUCAACAUCGAUCUCAAUUCGAUUAUCGAGGAUGCCGCGGGCAGCGACUCGUCCUAGUACGCAGCUCGCAGCUCCCAAGCAAACACUGCCGUCGACUGUGACCGCCGCCUGGUCGCAGUUGCCACUGACUACAUUGAUUGGUUGUUAAACGCUGUACGCUCUAAGGGAUUGCCCCGUGCUGGGCUCCUGGCAGUCUGCCUCCGAUUCCUACUGCUGCCAGGCUCGGGCUAGGUAUGCUGUUCGAGCAAAUAGUUAGGCCGUAACGGAACGGAAUUUUUUCCAAAAAAAA